AUGACGGUCCAGGUAGCUCUGCCCGGAAGGAGAAUCGACCAGCCAGUGGGAAUCGAUUUGGUCGUAUCGUACUACACGGUAAUGACUGUGGCACUUGUCAGUGGAUUCGGCCUUCUGGGUUUUUUAGCUUACUGGAUUAGAAAAGCUUGCUCAAAUGGCAGCCGGUAUCAGUACACGGCGUUGGAACCGGAUUCAAUGGGACAGGAACGGAUGGAACUGGAACGUAAAGCUAGACAACACGCUCAAAAUGCAUGUAAGCAUUACUUGAGGUUCUGUCCACGAUACGCUCUUCUACAACACCUCAACGACAUCGGAUCGAGGGUGGACAAACAUUGGUUUGUAGUACGCGACGGGUCUGUCAAAACAGAACGUCUAUUGACGCUUGUGCCCAAGAAUCCCAAAAGCGUUCUUGAGUGCACACCAGAUACUAGACGUACUAUACUAGAUCUUUUUCUUACAUUACAACAUCCGUACAUAUAUCCUGUAUUGGACGUAGAGUUUGUUGAAGGCGCAACUGAUCCAGAAACAACUUUUAUUACAUUAGUGUUACCUUUUAACAGCAAGGGAAGUCUCAAAGAUCUUAUCUAUAAGAGUUGUUGGCAUGAUGAUUGGAGCGAUAAGUAUGGACAGCGCAGUGAAGGUUUGCCAUUGUCACAGAUACAAAGGCUAGGCCGUCAGAUUCUAGAAGCACUAUUAUUUCUUAAGGAAAGAAAGUUUCCACAUGAUUGUAAUUUACAUUCUGGCAAUGUAAUUCUUCAGAAUGGCGUGGCCAGGAUCACAGGCCUAGAAAAUUCUCUACUUGGUUUUACAUCAAGAAUUCAACCCAUUGUUAUGAGUGGUAAUUUCAUAUUAGAUGAUUUCUCAGCAAUUGAUGUCAUUUGUUUCGGGCAUGUUCUAUUUGAAAUGGCAGCUGGAUAUGAAUUGCUUACUCCAGAACCCAGUGAAAUUAAUUUAAGAGAUAUUGCUCACUAUCCUCAAGUUGUUGAAAUAAUGGACUAUGUGUUUAAAAAUCCUAUGGGUCAAGUACCUACAAUUGAACAGUUAGUCAUGACUGAAUUCUUUAGAAAUAUUGAUCUCAGAGAAAUGCGUGCUACAUCCUGGCCUCUAUUACAAGCCAAAAUGACAGCUUCUUCAUCACAGUUAUUGGAAACUGUUAGAAACAGAAAUAGUAGCAAGAGUGGCUCGACUCCAAAUAAUCAUGAUGUAACAGAGACGAGCACUAAGGAAAACCUACAAAUCAGAAAACUAUCAAUGAGAAGUAAAAGUUGUGACGAUGAAAAGUAUUCUCAUGCAACUGAAAGAAAAUCAAAUUUUGUUGGUGAUAAAGAAUGCAUGGAACAUCGUGGCUUAUCAUUGUAUCAUCGACAACAGUCACUAGACUUCCAGUUUUUGGGAUAA